UUUUUAGAGGGACAAAAACGGACAUAAGUUUGUUUAUCUUCGUAUUAGUAAAAAUAUGGCAUCAGGUUUCUGUUUUAGUGUGUGACAAAACUUCAGAACGUGGUGGAUGCAAUGUAUUUCAGGGGGCUACUGCUGCAACUAAGGCAACUUGCACCGCAAAGUGUAUGGGUGCUUGCAGCCCUGGGGGUGGAGGUGCAGGAACUGGUAGUAAAUCCCCAUCAUUGGGAUCUAAGCGAACCAGUGGAAAUGGAGCAAAAUGCGGGAAAGAUAAAGGCCAAAUAUUAUCCAUCCUGCUUGCUAUUAGAGAACCCAUUGCCGAGUAUCAACAAAAAGGUGGUUUAGGGCGAUAUGAGCAGGUGGGGUUUCUGUGUUUGCUAACGUCCAUCUAUCAGCAGGCAUACCAAGCCUGUCUGGCCUUUCUGACAAUGUUGUGUAACUUGCUACCUUUCAUCGACGUGUUUCUCUUAGUGAUCAGAUUUGCACUCGAUAGGCUAAUAUGUAUAGUGAAAACAGACAGUGUUGGGGCCGCAGCAGUUGGACUGAUAAGUCUAAUCGGACAGGUAUUUGUUGUGAUAAUGAUGCUGGGCCUAAUUUGCAUGUUCUUAUUAUUUCCUGUACUGUCGUUAGUGCUCGCAUUUGUUUACAGACUCUUGGGUAUGAACUAAUCGAAAUUCCAGUUGCAACAAACAUCAAAUGUUAAUAAUAAAGUUUUAUUAUCCUAC